GAAGAAGAGCAGAAAGUUAGUAGGUGAAGGGCUGCAGGUAGGCGGACACUGCUGCUUCAUCUUCAUCAUGAUCAGUGUGUCCAUCUCAGGAAAAAACAGGCAUUAAGUGUAGCUGCUGUCACCUCCUCCCUCCUCCUCCUCCUGCUCCAGUGUGCACUUCCCCUUUAAAGUAUCUGAGAGGAACAGCCUUGCACUUGGCUUCUCGAUCUGUCUCUCUUGUAGUUUGUGGUGAGGACUCGGAAAGGCUGCCGCUGACGACUUGUGUGAAAGGAUCUCAAAGGAUAAAAGUUAGUUUAGGGUGGAGUCUACACCGUCUACUUGUGGAUAUGUCAAGCAGGGGAAUAAGUUAUCAGGAGAGUGAUCAGAAACUGUAGUGCUGGAGUGUUCUUCCUGAGGGUAGCUGCACCCUGGUGGGACUGGAGCCCAGUUGUUAAUGAGAGGAAGCCUGCAGAUUUCACACAUGAUGGAUUUCAACGACUCUCAUGCGUUGCUCUCUGGUGAGCAGCUCAUCUAUGCGAUCACGGUGCCACUGUCGACCUCCAUCAUCCUGGCCAACCUUGUCAUCAUCUUGGGCAUCGUCUGGAACCGUCAGCUCCACAACACGCCCAACUACUUCUUCCUCAGCCUGUUAGUGGCGGAUCUGUGCACAGGCGUGGCGCUCCCUUUCAUACCAUUAAUGGGUCUGAAACGGGAGCUGAGUUUCAACUCCUGUAUGGUGGCUCACACUUUCCCAAACUUCCUCUUCCUUGCGUUCCUUUUAAAUCUGGUAAUGGUCCACUAUGAGCGCUACAUUUGUAUCGUAGACCCCCUGCAUUACAAUACCUUGUGGGUGCAUCGCAGUUUUCCUCUGGCGUUGCUUGUGGUGUGGGCUCCACCUCUUCUGUAUGCAUCUCUACCUGCUUUUGGGUGGAAUAACUGGACAGGGCCAGACUGGAAUGACUGUUGUAGUCAAAACAUUACACCAACUACAUACUGUUCAACAAAUGGAACCGCAUGCUGCUCAUACAGGCGAGUGUUCCCCAACGCUUUUAUCUACUUGGAGGUGUAUGGACUUGUUUUACCUGCUAUUCUUACCAUUGCUGGCAUGACUGGCCGAGUUUUAUGGAUCACCAGAGGCCAGAUGAAGGAUAUCUGCCGUCUCCAUCGUUCAGUGGAGCGUGGAAGUCAGGCCUCAGACCGAGAGCAGAAGCUGAACCUGCGUUACACUCGCUGCGUUGUGGCGGUGUCACUCACGUUUCUGGCAUGCUGGGUUCCCUACCUCAUCUACAUGCACGUCUGCAUCGCGUUCCUGAUCAGCGACACCAAGUGGAAGUCCACCACGCACAUCGUGUUGUCGUGCACUGGCAUCGGAAGCAUGGCCGUGGUGCCGCUGGUGCUCGGCCUGGCCAACAGGCAGUACACAGUACCCGCGUAUAAACUUUUCCAGAAACUCCGGGACAGAUGGGGGCCAGGGAUGCAGGGAUCAGCAGAGGCGGCAGUCUGAGGAAAUAAUAAUGAAUAGGAAUCUUUAUGAAGAUGAGUCUGCAAGAAAUGCUGUUGAUAGAGUUGAUGAACAUCUUGUCUGCUAGGAGGGAAUAUGGCAUUACUGUCAAAAAACAUUUGCUUUCACAAUUUAUUCAUCAAUGUUUAUCACCAUUCCUUAAGAAAAAGGCCAGAUAUUAUUUUAAAGUUGGGUUUGGAAAUGUAAUGUCUGCCAUUUCUGAAAUGUUACCAUUACAUUUUCCUAAUUUAACUGAUAAUAUUAAUGUGCCAGGCGAUUUUCUCAAACAAGACUGAAGCCUCAUCCAAAGAUUCAUUUUAUAGGAGGAGGAGGGGAUUAAAUUAUGCACUGUGCUUCUCUGUAAUUUAAUGAGGUUGUCUAACUUGUUGUUCCAGCUGCCAUUUUAACCAUUGUUAAACUGCAGGACUUGGUCUGUAAUAGACAUGCAUAUUUUGCAGUGGCCUAGCUCUCCUGAUGGCUUUUAUUUUAGUCUGCCAGAAAAGCAAUUUCCCAAUAGGCCUGUAUGUUGGUGUUUGCAUGUUUCCAACCUCAGUGAACUGAUUUAAAUAACGGAGAGUGAAAAGCAGGUGGGAUUAAAAACACACACCAGCACGGUAAAUGUUAAACCCACCCUAGCAGAGAAAUAAAUCCAGAUCUGGAUAGAAACACCUUCACACUAAGAAAGAAAGAAAAGUUAAAUGCCCUCUACAAGUGUUGUACAUCCUAUAAAGACACUCAGUAUGUCCUCAUUUCUCUUUGUGCUGCCUGCUGUGGACGUCAGUUUAACCAGCCGUAGAUUUUCUGUGUCUGUCAGCCAUCACUAGUGUUCAUCUUUAUACUGGUAUGCAAGCUGAAGAUGGGUGAAGGAUGCACCUGCAGUCUGUAAUGCGUCUAAAAGACAAUGAGACAUGUGGGCUUCAGCAAGAACAUACAGGAAAGAGACAUGAGCUGAAAACCAUGUUUUCAAGUUCAACCUGAGUUCCCAGUUUCUUUCCCAUUUAGAUGAAUGUUACAGGAAGGUUAAGUCUGCAAAAGCAGGCUGCCCGCACUUCAGAGAAACAUCUGCUACUUGCAAAUUGUAUUUGAGGACUAAAAGUUUUAUUUGCUGUGAAGAGACAUUCAAGGGAAAUUAGAUUUUUAUUUGAUUAAACAUGGAAUGUUAUGCAACUUGUUUCACCCAGUCAACGUGUGGUCUUAAAUGUGUGCUUACAAUAUGUGGGUGGAAAAGAGACAGACUGCAAAGGAAAAGCAGACUUUAAUCAAAUUAAAAAGCAAACAGGCUCUGAACAGUUGGUGGACUUUAGAAGACAUCACAGGUCAGGGUACACCGUGUAUUGUUUGUGUCGCUUUGCUAAGCCGUGUUCCAGUAUGUUUUCCACAUUGGAAUAUUAAGUACUCAUGUGUCCACAAGACGGAGGAGAACCGGGAGAGGAGGAGGAGGAGGAGGAGGAGGAGGAGGGAAAAAUAAGAACAGGACGAGACUGUCGGGCUCCAGCUCCUAAUGAAUGAGUGCUGUCUGGGUCAAGCAGAAAGCAUCUGACUUGUUUUAUCUAUCACACAUGCUGUACCAAAACUGUGUGGCAUCUAAGCAGCAGAAAAUAUGCUUAUUUGCUUUCUGAAUUAAUAAGAUUUAUGUUAUUUAUGAUUUAUGUUUCAGCUCGCUAUGUUAGUUGAAGCUAGCAGCCUGUUAGCUUAGCUUAGCCUGGAAGCUAGCCUGUCUCUGCCUGAAACUACCAAAACCUGCCUGACAACAUUUCCAAAAUGUGUUAAUAGACAGGUUGUGUCUUGGUUAUUAAAAAAGGAAGCGUAAAAACAUUUUCCACUUAAUGUGGGAUUUUGUUCCAAUAAACCAUUAUGUUGCUAACUGUCAUUUUUUUACACUUCUCUUGGCCUCAGCUACAUGUUUACUUCACAGACAUGAGUGGUAUGAAUCAGUAUGUAACUCUGGGUGACAAAAGCAAAUUAGCACAUUCACCAAAGUGUCGAAAUAUUUCUUCAAGUAUGUAUAACCUGUGUGUGUGUUUGUGUGAAAGAAAAAGAGAACAGUCAUGUUGUU